GGGGAAGGGGGGGCGAGGCCAUCAUUUUCCGUCGCCGUCUUUGUGCAGUUGCGUGUGUGUGUGUGUGUGUGUGUGUGAGAGAGAGAGAGAGAGAGAGAGAGAGAGAGAGAGAGAGAGAGAGAGAGAGAGAAUGGAAGAGUAUGUGAAGGCAGAGGAUGGAAUUGGGGAGGAUAUCGAGAUCAGCGACGGAGGGGAGGGUUUGGAUAUUGAUGGACAGGAUGAUGAACAAGACGAAGAUAUACAUGGGAUGGGGGAUGGUGAGGAGGAGGAGGCUAUGGCGAAGUACGGGGACGAGAUGGGUGCUGCGAAAGAACGGGCAGAAGGCGAAGGUGGUGGUGCAGGUGGAGGGGAAGGUGGGGGAGGGGAGUCUGCCGAGUCUGCCCUCGACAGGAAACUGCGUAAGCGAGCGGAAGUCUUUGUCGGCGGUCUCGAUCCCUGGGCCACGGAAGAUGAUAUUCGUUCCGUCUUCCAAAAGGUUGGUGAAAUUUCUGAGAUUCGCCUGAUUCAGAAUCCUAAUACCGGUCGCAACAAGGGCUACUGCUUCGUUCGCUAUGCCACCGUCGCCGGCGCCAAGGCCGCCUUGUCUGACCUUGCCAAGGUCGACGUACUUAACCGGACUGUCGGCGUGCUGCCUUGCGAAGACAACCAUACCGUCUUUUUGGGUAACCUAGGGAAGUCAUGGACGAGGCAGAUGGUGAAAGAAGCUCUGGACAAAAACGGCAUCGAGAACUUAGACGAUUUAACUCUCAUGAAAGACGCUCAGAACGAGGGCAUGAACCGAGGGUUUGCUUUCUUGGAGUUCCCGACGAGGAAGGAUGCAGCCAGAGCUCUCAAGAGGCUUCAGAAAGGGGAUAUAAUGAUGGGAGGGGAGAGGCCAGUGAAAGCAGCUUUUGCGCAGCCGCUGAACGAGCCGGGCGAGGAGACAAUGUCGCAGGUGAAGUCGGUGUUCAUCAAUGGGAUGCCACCCACGUGGUCGGAAGACAAGGUGAAGGAGUUCUUCUCUCAAUGGGGAGAGGUGGAGAAGGUGGUUGUGGCCGGGAACCUAACGUCUGCUAAAAGGAAGGACUUCGGGUUCGUGAAUUACGUGGAGAGAGAUGCGGCGCUCCGGUGUAUAGAGGCGAUAAAUGGUAAAGAUAUAGGGGAUGACGAUAAGAAGCUGAGGGUGGAGGCAAUGCUAGCAAGGCCGCCAGUGCGGACGAAAGGGGGAGCGGCGAGGUUAGCAUCAGGUAGAACGGGAAGAGGAGGAAGAGGAGGCCGGGGGAGGAGUGGGGGNGGGGGGGGGGGGGGGGGGGGGGGGGGGGGGUUCGGAAGGGGGGGUGGCGCGAGAAGCAGCCGGUUUGGAAGGGCGAGAGGAAGUCGCGGAGGACGCGGCGGCGGAGGUCGUGAAAGGGGAGCAGGGGAGGAAGAGUCGAGCAUGGCGGAGUUCGUGAGAGUCAUACGGGAGAAGGCAGUGCAGGAGGAAGCAGAAGAGGAGAAAGGUGGGGACAAAGGUGGACCAGGAAGUGCAAGCAAGUCUCGACCUACUGCCGCCGGUGGUGACGGAGCUAAUAAGAAGAACGGAGACACUGAGAUGACCGAUGGUGAUGGCGAGGGUAAGGCUGGCAAUGCCGCAGCUUUGCCAGGAGGAGAGGGGGACAAGGAGAAGGCGGAGAACAAGUGGAAGGAGAGCAGCGCGUUUGAAUGCGUGAAGUGCGGAUUCGAAAGCGAAACUGGCGCUGAGUUGUCGAAACACAGGAGCUCUCGAGUGCAUCGACUAGUGGAAAGCCUUCGCAAAGGAGACAAAGUCUCGAGUAACAAGACACCCCUGAGUCUUCUUCACGAGUACGCGUCUAGGGUAAACGCAGAGGUCAAUUUCACGACGAAGGCGACGCCGGACGGGGAAGCGGCCGGAGGGGCACAGACGUUCGAAGUGACGGCAUUGUUGGGAGGGCCACCGGCGAAUGUACCCGUGACAAGGGGGCAAGGGAAGGCGAAAGCGAAGGGAAAGGCGAAGCAGAUGGCGGCGGCGGACGCGCUGGAGAAGAUCAUGGAGAGGCUUUCGCAUCAAGAUAUGAAGAGCUUGGAGACGGAUUUCCUGAAGCCUAAGCCUGCAAGACCGCGAGAAGGAGGGGGUGGUGGAGGGGGAAGUAUCGGGAUGGGAGGCGGGGGUGCGUAUCGCGGGGGCGGAACGAGUUACGGGGGGGGGCCGAUUGGUGGGGGRGGAGGCGGAAGAGGGGGAGGCGCGGUGGCGGCGGCGGUUGUGACGCGCGGCGGGACGACAGCGUAUACGCGAUACGACGCCCGAGGGGGAUUGAGCGAUGGGUAUGGUGAACGGGAUCCCUACGCGGCGGCGGGAGGCCGGGGGCGCGGGGCUGCAGAAUGGGGCGCGCCAGUGAGAGGCGCGGCUGCACCCGGGGCCACGGGCGGCAGACAGACGGGCGGACCCGCCGUCGGCGGCUUGGUCUACGCAACCGGAACGACGGCUGUGGGCGGCCGCGGCAGAGGCGCGGGAGCCGGCGAUUUCGUGGGUGUCCGAGCCGACCGCCGAUACGACGACUACGGUGAUGGGAGAAUGGACGGAGGGUACGAUAUGGCAGGCGGUGGAGCCAUGGGAGGAGGAGGUGGAGGCUAUGGAGAUGGAGGAGCGGGAGCUGUCGGUGUUCGAGGUCGAGGAGUAGCCGCACCCCGUGCUGCGGCCAUGAUGCCUGUUGCUGCCUCCGGCUAUGGCGGUCGCGGCGUUCCCACCCCUGCUGGAAGAGGUAUGGGCGAUGGCUAUGCCUCUGCUACAGGCUCCAGGUAUGAUGCGAAUGCAGGCUAUGAGCGUGCCGGUUACCAGGCAAGAAUGGGGGAGCGAGCCGCCGCCGGGCCUUAUGGGCAAGCUUCCGUGGGAGGUGGGGGGAGCUAUGGCGCCGCCGGCGUCGGGCGUGAAUACGUAGCAGACGAUGGCCGUGGAGCCGCAGGUAUUGCCGGCGCGAAGCGUCCGUACAUGAUUAUGGACGAUGGAUUGCACAUGGAUCAGCAGGUGCGAAUGAGGCCGAGAAUGGAUGGCCAGGUGGAGCACGCGGGGAUGGGAGGACAGAUGAACCCGUUAGGGACGGGAGGGGGAGGAGGAGGAGGUGGGGCUGCGACGUAUAGUGCAGGCGGGGGUGGAGGGAUCUAUGCGGAGGAAGUCAGCAUGCGACCGGCGGCGGGCGCGAGCCAGGUGAUGCACGGAGGGCACAUGGGAGGAGGGGCGGGAGGGUACUCGCAGACAGGGGCGGGAGGGUACUCCCAGACAGGAGCGGGAGGGUACUCCCAGACAGGAGCGGGAGGAGGGUACUCCCAGACAGGAGCGGGAGGAGGGUACUCCCAGACAGGAGCGGGAGGAGGGUACUCCCAGACAGGAGCGGGAGGGGCAUACUCCCAGACAGGAGCGGGAGGAGGAUACUCCCAGACAGGAGCUGGAGGGGGAUACUCCCAGACGGGAGCGGGAGGAGGAUACUCCCAGACAGGAGCGGCAAAUCAAGGGGGAGUGACCGCCGCGCCGACUGCGGGACACUACGGGGUUGCGAAUAGUGCGCAGGUCGGGAUGGGCGGAGGGGGGAGCAUGGGUGGUGGGGCAAUGGGUGCUGUAGGUGGCGGCGUCGGCGGUGCAAUGGGAGGAAUGGGAGGAGGAGGGACUGGAAUGGGAGGAAACAUGGGUGGAGGGAUGGGGGGAGCCACUGGAAUGGGAGGAGGUAUGGGAGGGGGCAUGGCAGGAGGUACUAUGGGUGGGGGAGGAAUGGGCAUGUCCGGAGGGAUGGGAGGAGGAAUGGGAGGAGGAGCGAUGGGAGGCAGCAUGGGCGGGGGAGGCAUGGGAGGCAGUAUAAGCGGAGGGGGAAUGGGAGCGGCGGGAGGUAUGGGAGGAGGUCUAGGUGCUGGCGCAAUCGGCGGGACCACUGCGGGAGGAAUGGGAGGCGGAUCAAUGGUCGGAGGUAUGGGAGGAGGUAUGGGAGCAGGUAUGACAGGCGGUGGUAUGGGAGGCGGAACGGGUAUCGGAGGAGGUGGCAUCGGGGGAGGAGGAGGUAUGGGAGGAGCCGGGGGCAUAGGAGGAACGGGGAUGGGAGGAGUAAUGGGAGGAGGUAUGGGUGCAGGCAUGGGGGGAGGUAUGGGAGGAACAGGAAUGGGAAGUCAAGUGGGGCAGAGUAGUGGGUUGGGAUCCCAGCAGACAGUCACUCAGAGUGCGGCGCAGCCUUACUCAAUCUACGAGGAGCGGGCCGUCGCGCAGUCGUACGGCCACGGACAUCAGAUGGGAAUGUCAUCGGCGAUGACGACCGGCGCAGCGACGUCCAACUCUGCGCUACAUUAUGGUAAUGAUGGAGGCUAUGGAGGGUCAGGAGGAGGGGGAGGAUAUGGAGUGAGUACAGGAAGCACCAUGAGGGAUACGAUGCACAGCGGGGUAGGUGGCGUAAGUACCUCUUACCAAGGAGCGACCGCUACGGGGGCAUUACCAAGCUAUGGGGGCCAGGCGGUGCAACAGGCGGGUGCAGCGCCUGCCACAGUGCAUUACCAAUCGCAGAUGACUAGCGCCGGCACGGGAGGAUAUUAUUAAGCGCGUGAAUGAAUGGGGGACAAGCAAGAAAGGCAAUCACGGCGGCACCCCGUGCCAGAGGUCCCGCUUCCUCAAUCUGACUUUGUACCUACCUUGCCGCAUAGUUUCGUUUCGCAUCCCUUGACUCCUGCUUUCUUGCGACUUGCAUGUCGUGCUGCAGCCAAUGCGGGGAGUAGAGAGAGAGAGAGAGAGAGAGAGAGAGAGAGAGACGUGUGUGUGUGUGUGUGUGAGAGAGAGAGAGAGAGAGAGAGAGAGAGAGAGAGAGACGUGUGUGUGUGCGUGUGAGAGAGAGAGAGAGGGAGACGUGUGUGUGAGAGAGGAGUGUGGGAGGCAGGAUACGGUGUGUGUGUGUGUGUGUGUGCGAGAGAGAGAGAGAGAUCCAGUCGAGAUAUCUAUAGAAAGAUGAGAGGGUGUACGGUAGGGUAGAGUAUUCGGUUCGCCGGAAGCAGUGAAAGCUCGUGGAAAUCGUAGUUGUGGUGCUGUGAUGGCCUCUCUUUAGCAGGAAAGCAGAUGGCGAGAAGCACGGUCAGAAGCUUGCCUUAGCCACACAGGGUGCCGCCAGCCAGAGAAAAAAAGCGGCUUUUUGUAUCAACAUUUCGGAUUAGGCUAAUGUUUUUGGAAAGAGGAGAGUUUUGCGAUUCUGGGAACGGCAAAGAGUUUCGCUGAGUCUGGUCUUGCGUGAAGAUGUGCUUGCGGGAAGAAAUGAUAGUGUUAUCUUUCAUUCAAUGGACGAAAGAGGAGGAUGAGGUGGGAGACCAAAGAGGAGGAGGUGGGAAAGGAGAGUAAGACCGAAGGCAUUUUGGCAGGCUGAGGGAAUGUGUACGGUCUUGUCCGACUCCAUCGUCGUUCCGGAUUGAGCAACGCCGGAUCGAUUCCCGAACGCGAGCAAACAACAACAACAAGACCGACGUUUUGUCGCUCUGGGUUUGCUUGUUUGUCUAAUCGACCGAGGCACCACCGAUGUCCCGAAUCCGAGACGAUGAUGAGCAACGGAAUGUGGCUUGGGUCUGUUGAAAAGUCGACAUUGAAACCUGGUUUUAUUGUGGUGCGCCCUUGCUUCCGCUUCCGAGUGCUUUCUGUC